CAGAGGGUGGAGAGAGAGAAAGCGCACGCAGAGAGGAGGUGUGGGUGUUCCGUUUCCAUCCUAACGGAACGAGCUCCCUCUUCGCGGACAUGGGAUUACCCAGCGGCUGCUAACCCCUCUCCUCGCCCUGCUCCCCCAAACCGGCGUGGCUCCCGGGCACCAAGGAGCAGACUACAGAGGAGCAGGAUUCGCACAGCUGGCGGGUUUUGGCAACAGAGUGCCUGACCUCGGUCAGGCUUUUCGAGAAAGACAUGUCUGACAAGAUGUCUAGUUUCCUGCAUAUUGGAGACAUUUGUUCUCUGUACGCGGAAGGAUCGACAAAUGGAUUUAUUAGCACCUUGGGCCUGGUUGAUGAUCGUUGCGUUGUACAGCCAGAAGCCGGGGACCUUAAUAAUCCACCCAAGAAAUUCAGAGAUUGCCUCUUUAAGCUAUGUCCCAUGAAUCGCUACUCUGCCCAGAAGCAGUUCUGGAAAGCUGCCAAGCCAGGGGCCAACAGUACAACAGACGCCGUAUUGCUCAACAAACUGCAUCAUGCUGCAGACUUGGAAAAGAAGCAGAAUGAGACAGAAAACAGGAAAUUGCUGGGGACCGUAAUCCAGUAUGGCAACGUGAUCCAGCUCCUGCAUUUGAAAAGUAAUAAAUACCUAACUGUGAAUAAGAGGCUUCCAGCUCUGCUGGAGAAGAACGCCAUGAGAGUGACUUUGGACGAGGCGGGAAAUGAAGGGUCCUGGUUUUAUAUUCAGCCAUUCUACAAGCUGCGCUCCAUCGGAGACAGUGUGGUCAUUGGUGACAAGGUUGUACUGAACCCCGUCAACGCUGGCCAGCCCCUUCAUGCUAGCAGCCAUCAGCUGGUGGAUAACCCUGGCUGCAACGAGGUCAAUUCUGUCAACUGCAAUACAAGCUGGAAAAUCGUCCUUUUCAUGAAAUGGAGUGACAACAAAGAUGACAUACUGAAGGGGGGUGACGUGGUAAGGCUGUUCCAUGCGGAGCAGGAGAAGUUCCUUACCUGUGACGAGCACAGGAAGAAACAGCAUGUCUUCCUGCGAACUACCGGCCGGCAGUCAGCCACAUCUGCCACGAGUUCAAAAGCCCUGUGGGAGGUGGAGGUAGUCCAACACGACCCGUGUCGGGGUGGAGCAGGGUACUGGAAUAGCCUCUUCCGUUUCAAGCAUCUUGCUACAGGGCAUUACUUAGCAGCAGAGGUAGACCCUGACUUUGAGGAAGAAUGCCUGGAGUUUCAGCCCUCAGUGGACCCUGAUCAGGAUGCCUCUCGAAGCAGGUUGCGAAAUGCUCAAGAAAAGAUGGUGUACUCCCUGGUCUCUGUGCCUGAAGGCAAUGACAUCUCCUCCAUUUUUGAACUAGACCCCACCACUCUCCGUGGAGGUGAUAGCCUUGUUCCAAGAAACUCCUAUGUCCGGCUCAGACACCUGUGCACUAAUACCUGGGUUCACAGCACAAAUAUCCCCAUCGACAAGGAAGAAGAAAAACCUGUGAUGCUGAAAAUCGGCACCUCCCCUGUGAAAGAGGAUAAGGAAGCAUUUGCCAUAGUUCCAGUUUCCCCUGCUGAGGUUCGGGACCUGGAUUUUGCCAAUGAUGCCAGCAAGGUGCUGGGCUCCAUAGCUGGGAAGCUGGAGAAGGGCACCAUCACCCAGAAUGAAAGAAGGUCUGUAACCAAGCUGCUGGAAGACUUGGUUUACUUUGUCACUGGUGGCACUAACUCUGGUCAAGAUGUACUUGAAGUGGUCUUCUCCAAGCCCAACAGAGAACGGCAGAAGCUGAUGAGAGAACAGAACAUCCUCAAGCAGAUCUUCAAGUUGUUACAAGCUCCAUUCACGGACUGUGGCGAUGGCCCCAUGCUGCGGCUGGAGGAGCUUGGGGACCAGCGGCAUGCUCCUUUCAGACAUAUCUGCCGGCUCUGCUACAGGGUCCUGAGACACUCCCAGCAAGACUACAGGAAAAACCAGGAGUACAUAGCCAAGCAGUUUGGCUUCAUGCAGAAGCAGAUUGGCUAUGAUGUGUUGGCCGAAGACACGAUCACCGCCCUGCUUCACAAUAACCGAAAACUCCUGGAAAAACACAUCACUGCUGCUGAGAUCGACACGUUUGUCAGUCUGGUGCGAAAGAACAGGGAGCCCAGAUUCUUAGAUUAUCUCUCCGACCUCUGUGUGUCCAUGAACAAAUCAAUCCCAGUGACCCAGGAACUGAUAUGUAAAGCUGUGCUGAAUCCAACCAAUGCUGACAUCCUGAUUGAGACCAAGUUGGUUCUUUCUCGUUUUGAAUUUGAGGGUGUUUCUACUGGAGAGAAUGCUCUGGAGGCAGGAGAAGAUGAAGAGGAGGUGUGGCUCUUUUGGAGGGACAGCAGCAAGGAGAUUCGCAGCAAGAGUGUCAGGGAACUGGCGCAGGACGCCAAAGAAGGACAAAAGGAAGACCGAGACGUCCUCAGCUACUACAGGUACCAGUUGAACCUUUUUGCUAGGAUGUGUCUAGACCGCCAGUACCUGGCCAUCAAUGAAAUAUCAGGCCAGCUGGAUGUCGACCUCAUUCUCCGCUGCAUGUCUGACGAGAACCUGCCCUAUGACCUAAGGGCGUCCUUCUGCCGUCUCAUGCUUCAUAUGCACGUGGACCGAGAUCCCCAGGAACAAGUCACUCCCGUGAAAUACGCCCGCCUGUGGUCUGAGAUUCCCUCAGAGAUCGCCAUUGAUGACUAUGAUAGUAGCGGAACUUCCAAAGAUGAAAUUAAGGAGAGGUUUGCACAGACCAUGGAAUUUGUGGAGGAGUAUUUAAGAGAUGUGGUUUGUCAGAGGUUUCCUUUCUCUGAUAAGGAGAAAAAUAAGCUUACCUUUGAGGUUGUAAAUUUAGCUAGGAAUCUCAUAUACUUCGGUUUCUACAACUUCUCUGACCUUCUUCGAUUAACCAAAAUCCUCCUGGCCAUACUGGACUGCGUGCACGUGACAACCAUCUUCCCCAUUAGCAAGAUGGCAAAAGGAGAAGAGAAUAAAGGCAGUAAUGUAAUGCGGUCCAUCCACGGGGUUGGAGAGCUGAUGACCCAGGUGGUGCUCCGGGGAGGAGGCUUUUUACCCAUGACUCCCAUGGCUGCCGCCCCUGAAGGCAACGUGAAGCAGGCAGAGCCAGAGAAGGAGGACAUCAUGGUCAUGGACACCAAGUUGAAGAUCAUCGAAAUACUCCAGUUUAUUUUGAAUGUGAGGUUGGAUUAUAGGAUCUCCUGCCUCCUGUGUAUAUUUAAGCGAGAGUUUGAUGAAAGCAAUUCCCAGACUUCAGAAACAUCCUCCGGAAAUAGCAGCCAAGAGGGGCCAAGUAAUGUACCAGGUACUCUUGACUUUGAACACAUUGAAGAGCAAGCAGAAGGCAUCUUUGGAGGAAGUGAGGAGAACACCCCCCUGGACUUGGAUGACCACGGCGGCAGAACCUUCCUCCGAGUCUUACUGCAUUUGACGAUGCACGACUACCCGCCCCUGGUGUCGGGGGCCCUGCAGCUCCUCUUCCGGCACUUCAGUCAGAGGCAGGAGGUCCUGCAGGCCUUUAAACAGGUCCAGCUGCUUGUUACCAGCCAAGAUGUCGACAACUACAAACAGAUCAAACAAGACUUGGAUCAGCUGAGAUCCAUUGUGGAAAAGUCGGAGCUCUGGGUGUACAAAGGGCAGGGCCCUGACGAGGUCAUGGAUGGUGCCUCUGGUGAAAAUGAACACAAGAAAACAGAGGAGGGGAAUAACAAGUCACAAAAGCACGAGAGCACCAGCAGCUACAACUACAGGGUGGUGAAAGAGAUUCUGAUUCGCCUCAGCAAACUCUGUGUUCAGGAGAGUGCGUCUGUGAGGAAGAGCCGGAAGCAGCAGCAGCGCUUGCUCCGGAACAUGGGCGCGCAUGCCGUGGUGCUGGAGCUGCUGCAGAUCCCCUACGAGAAGGCUGAAGAUACCAAGAUGCAGGAGAUAAUGAGGUUGGCACAUGAAUUCCUACAGAAUUUCUGUGCAGGCAACCAGCAGAAUCAAGCCUUGCUACACAAACACAUAAACCUGUUUCUCAACCCAGGGAUCCUGGAGGCAGUCACCAUGCAGCACAUCUUCAUGAACAAUUUCCAGCUCUGCAGUGAGAUCAAUGAGCGGGUUGUCCAGCACUUUGUUCACUGCAUUGAGACUCACGGUCGAAACGUCCAGUACAUAAAGUUCCUGCAGACAAUCGUCAAGGCAGAAGGGAAAUUCAUCAAAAAAUGCCAAGACAUGGUCAUGGCUGAGCUGGUUAAUUCGGGAGAGGACGUCCUCGUGUUCUACAAUGACAGAGCCUCUUUCCAGACCCUGAUCCAGAUGAUGAGGUCAGAGCGGGACCGGAUGGACGAGAACAGCCCUCUCAUGUACCACAUCCACCUGGUAGAGCUCUUGGCCGUGUGCACCGAGGGCAAGAACGUCUACACGGAGAUAAAGUGCAACUCUUUGCUCCCGCUGGAUGACAUCGUCCGCGUCGUGACCCACGAGGACUGCAUCCCCGAGGUUAAAAUUGCAUACAUUAACUUCCUUAAUCACUGCUAUGUGGAUACUGAGGUGGAAAUGAAGGAGAUUUACACCAGCAAUCACAUGUGGAAAUUGUUUGAGAAUUUCCUUGUGGACAUCUGCAGGGCCUGUAACAACACCAGUGACCGGAAACACGCAGACUCAAUUUUGGAGAAGUACGUUACUGAAAUUGUCAUGAGUAUCGUUACCACCUUCUUCAGUUCUCCCUUCUCAGACCAGAGCACAACGCUGCAGACUCGCCAGCCUGUCUUUGUGCAACUGCUGCAAGGUGUGUUCAGGGUUUACCACUGCAACUGGUUAAUGCCGAGCCAAAAAGCCUCUGUGGAGAGCUGUAUUCGGGUGCUCUCUGAUGUAGCCAAGAGCCGGGCCAUCGCUAUUCCUGUGGACCUGGACAGCCAAGUCAACAACCUCUUUCUGAAGUCCCACAACAUCGUACAGAAAACUGCCAUGAACUGGCGUCUGACUGCCCGUAAUGCGGCUCGCAGAGACUCUGUUCUGGCAGCUUCUAGAGACUACCGGAAUAUCAUUGAGAGAUUGCAGGACAUCGUCUCAGCCCUGGAGGACCGUCUAAGGCCCCUGGUCCAGGCAGAGUUAUCUGUGCUCGUGGAUGUGCUCCACAGACCUGAGCUGCUUUUCCCAGAGAACACAGAUGCCAGAAGAAAGUGUGAAAGUGGUGGCUUCAUUUGCAAGUUAAUAAAGCAUACCAAACAGUUGCUAGAGGAGAAUGAGGAAAAACUCUGCAUUAAGGUCCUACAGACCCUCCGAGAAAUGAUGACCAAAGACAGAGGCUAUGGAGAAAAGGGUGAGGCGCUCAGGCAAAUUUUGGUCAACCGUUACUAUGGAAACAUCAGACCUUCAGGAAGAAGAGAAAGCCUCACCAGCUUUGGCAAUGGCCCGCUGUCACCAGGAGGACCCAGCAAGCCUGGGGGAGGAGGGGGAGGCUCUGGGUCCAGCUCCACGAGUAGGGGUGAGAUGAGCCUGGCUGAAGUUCAGUGCCACCUCGACAAGGAGGGUGCCUCCAAUCUGGUCAUCGACCUCAUAAUGAAUGCGUCCAGUGACCGAGUGUUUCAUGAAAGCAUUCUCCUGGCCAUUGCCCUCCUGGAAGGAGGCAACACUACCAUACAGCACUCCUUUUUCUGCCGGUUAACAGAAGAUAAGAAGUCAGAAAAAUUCUUCAAAGUCUUCUAUGACCGAAUGAAGGUGGCCCAGCAGGAAAUCAAAGCAACAGUGACCGUGAACACCAGUGACUUGGGGAAUAAAAAGAAAGAUGAUGAGAUAGACAGGGAUGCCCCGUCCCGGAAAAAAGCCAAAGAGCCCUCGACACAAAUAACGGAAGAGGUCCGAGAUCAGCUCCUCGAGGCCUCUGCUGCCACCAGGAAAGCCUUCAGCACCUUCAGGAGGGAGGCUGACCCCGACGACCACUACCAGUCCGGGGAAGGUGCCCAGGCCACGGCAGACAAGACCAAGGACGAGCUGGAGAUGAGCGCGGUCAUCACCAUCAUGCAGCCCAUUCUCCGGUUCCUGCAGCUCUUGUGCGAAAACCACAACCGGGACCUGCAGAACUUCCUUCGUUGCCAAAAUAACAAGACCAACUACAAUUUGGUGUGUGAGACGCUGCAGUUCCUGGACUGUAUUUGUGGAAGCACUACUGGAGGUCUUGGUCUUCUCGGGCUCUAUAUAAAUGAAAAGAACGUAGCCCUCAUCAACCAAACCCUGGAAAGUCUGACUGAAUACUGUCAAGGACCAUGCCAUGAGAACCAGAACUGCAUAGCCACCCAUGAAUCCAAUGGCAUUGACAUCAUCACAGCCCUGAUCCUUAAUGACAUCAAUCCUUUGGGAAAGAAGAGGAUGGACCUUGUAUUAGAACUGAAGAACAACGCUUCCAAGUUGCUGCUGGCCAUCAUGGAGAGCAGGCACGACAGCGAAAACGCAGAGAGGAUCCUUUAUAACAUGAGGCCAAAGGAACUGGUGGAAGUGAUCAAGAAAGCCUACAUGCAAGGUGAGGUGGAAUUUGAGGAUGGAGAAAAUGGCGAGGACGGAGCUGCCUCCCCCAGGAACGUGGGGCACAACAUCUACAUAUUGGCUCAUCAGUUGGCUCGGCAUAACAAAGAACUUCAGACCAUGCUGAAACCUGGAGGCCAAGUGGAUGGGGAUGAAGCUCUGGAGUUUUAUGCCAAGCACACGGCCCAGAUAGAGAUUGUAAGAUUAGACCGAACCAUGGAACAGAUUGUGUUCCCUGUGCCCAGCAUAUGUGAAUUCCUAACCAAGGAGUCAAAACUGCGAAUAUACUACACUACAGAGAGGGAUGAGCAAGGCAGCAAGAUCAAUGACUUCUUCCUACGGUCUGAGGACCUCUUCAAUGAAAUGAACUGGCAGAAGAAACUGAGAGCCCAGCCCGUUCUGUACUGGUGUGCCCGCAACAUGUCUUUCUGGAGCAGCAUUUCAUUUAACCUGGCUGUCCUGAUGAAUCUGCUCGUGGCGUUUUUCUACCCAUUUAAAGGAGUCAGAGGAGGAACACUGGAGCCACACUGGUCAGGACUGCUGUGGACAGCCAUGCUCAUCUCUCUGGCCAUUGUCAUUGCCCUCCCCAAGCCCCAUGGCAUCCGGGCCUUAAUUGCUUCCACAAUUCUCCGGUUGAUAUUUUCAGUUGGAUUACAACCCACGUUGUUUCUUCUGGGAGCUUUCAAUGUCUGCAAUAAAAUCAUCUUUCUAAUGAGUUUUGUGGGCAACUGUGGAACAUUCACCAGAGGCUACCGAGCCAUGGUUCUGGAUGUUGAGUUCCUUUACCAUUUGUUGUAUCUGCUGAUCUGCGCCAUGGGCCUCCUUGUGCACGAAUUCUUCUACAGUCUGCUGCUUUUUGAUUUGGUAUACAGAGAAGAGACUCUGCUUAAUGUCAUUAAAAGUGUCACUCGCAAUGGACGGUCCAUCAUCUUGACAGCAGUUCUGGCUUUGAUCCUGGUUUACCUGUUCUCAAUAGUGGGCUAUCUUUUCUUCAAAGAUGAUUUUAUCUUGGAAGUAGAUAGGUUGCCCAAUGAAACUGCUCUUCCAGAAGCCGGCGAGAGUUUGGCAAGCGAGUUCCUAUACUCUGACGUGUGUAGGGUGGAGACUGUGGAGAACUGCUCCGCUCCUGCACCCAAAGAAGAGCUGGUCCUUGCAGAAGAGACGGAGCAAGACAAAGAGCACACGUGUGAGACGCUGCUGAUGUGCAUCGUCACGGUGCUGAGUCACGGGCUGAGGAGCGGGGGCGGAGUAGGAGAUGUGCUCAGGAAGCCAUCCAAAGAGGAGCCCCUCUUUGCCGCUAGAGUGAUCUAUGACCUCUUGUUCUUCUUCAUGGUCAUCAUCAUCGUCCUUAAUCUGAUUUUUGGGGUUAUCAUUGACACCUUUGCUGACCUGAGGAGCGAGAAGCAGAAGAAGGAGGAGAUCUUAAAGACCACGUGCUUUAUCUGUGGCUUGGAGAGAGACAAGUUCGACAACAAGACUGUCACCUUUGAAGAGCACAUCAAGGAGGAGCACAACAUGUGGCACUAUCUGUGUUUCAUCGUGCUGGUGAAAGUGAAGGACUCCACAGAGUACACUGGGCCCGAGAGCUACGUGGCAGAAAUGAUCAAGGAAAGAAACCUUGACUGGUUCCCCAGGAUGAGAGCCAUGUCCUUGGUCAGCAGUGACUCUGAGGGAGAGCAGAAUGAGCUGAGGAACCUGCAGGAGAAGCUGGAGUCCACCAUGAAGCUGGUCACUAACCUUUCCGGCCAGCUGUCGGAAUUAAAGGAUCAGAUGACAGAACAAAGGAAGCAGAAACAAAGAAUUGGUCUUCUAGGACAUCCUCCUCAUAUGAAUGUCAACCCACAGCAACCAGCAUAAGCAAAUGAAAUAAAGGAAUCUCCUGUACCUUUUCUAAUUAUUAUUAGUGUGGGUAUGGCUACUUAGUUCUGAUUCACCCACAAAGAUGACAUUAAUGCCUAGUACAUUUGUAAAUAAUCAGUUUUAUACUGUAUGUAUAUCAUUGCUACUCUAAAGGUUUGGAUAUAUGUAUUGUAAUUAGAAUUGUUGGCAUGAUGAAAUUUCAUUUGUGCCAAAAAUAUUAAAAAUGCCUUUUUUGGAAGGACUAAAGAAAGCACCUGAUUUGCACUUGAACCAGAUUAUAGAUUUAAAAGUAUAUGACCUGUAUUUUGUAUUUAAAACUAGAAUAGCCAGUAUUUAUGUUUUUUAUAAAACUGUGCAAUACGAAUUAUGCAAUCACAAUGAAUUUGUAACUCCUGGGUGUCCUAAAGGGAGUGCACAUCUUUGAAGCUGGUGUGUUAAUACUAUGUAAUAAAUGGUUAAAUAUCAAAUGCUGCUGCUGCCAAAAUCACAUGAAUAGUGAGUUUCCGGCCCCUGGGCAUUUUGUACCAUAUCUUUGUCUGUGGUGAUACUGUUUCUCAGUGCUGGCGGCAUUAGUGCCUCUGUCUCAUAGUGACAGUGCUCCGAGUCAGCAUUCAUUGUAAGAAAAGCAACUUUAGUUUCAAAGAUAACCUUAAGCUUCUGAACUGAUCAUUUAAGCUUUAAGUAAGAGAGCUAAAUUAGAAGAAGCUCAGACUUUAGCUUGUGAAGUUAAUGAAUUUUUGAAAGGGAACUUUUUAUGCAACGUUUGGAAUAAAUGCAUACUGCUGGCCAAUCAGUGUCAUCGCCAAGGUGAAUUCUGGUGUCACGGGAUAAAGAAACGAAUAACUGAGGGUGUCUAGAUUAUCUAGUCCAAACAGUAGAGUUGAUUUUUUUUCUUCAUCUGAACCAACAUGCUACAGUAGCUAAGAAGUAUUUAAACUAUAUACAUCCAUAUAAAGAUGAAAUAUGAUCUAUCCCAUUAGAACUCAUAGUUGAACACUGACAUGUUAUUCUUGUGAAAGAGCCACAUUUUGGUUUUAUUUCCUUGUCACAUGAUUUCUUUCCUUGAUGGAUGAAAAGUAUGAAAGGAAACUUUUAUAUCUGUUGCCUAGUUUUGUACAUGGAUCUCAUUUUACAAGAGAAUCUCUGCAAAAAAAAAAGUUUAAAAAUGUACUGAAAGCAGAGUUCUGAAAUGAGUAAAGUUUGUAAAUGCAUAUAUGAAAAUAAAUAUUUAAUGAUGCAGAAUAA